UCUAGUAGCAUCCGGAAAAGCCGCACGCUGUCUUUCCCCUCUUUCUACCGUCAAGAAGGAAGUUUCAACGACACUCUCCACCCACGUCAUGACUCUCUGGGGUCGAACGCAGCAACUGGACAGUGCCGUUCUGCGACAAAUCAACAGCCUCUACGGUCCGCACUUUCCCAUCGAAGUGCGCCACUAUUUCGCCGCCUGGAUCGAAUCUCAGCCAUGGGACCAAAUUGAUCCUGACAAUCCUACACAGUCUUCUCAUGCAAAAGUUCUAGUGGAGACUUUGAUCAAUCGGUUAGAGGCCAAAGCUCAAGAUUUAGCACAACAGGGCAGAGAAGACACUUUCUUGUUGCGUCUCAGGUUCGAAGAGAUAGCUCAGCAUUUUCAGAUGAUUUACCUACGAGACCCUCUUGCCCUUGUACGAGUUGUUCGACAUUGUUUACAGACAGAGAGCCAACUGGUUGAGCAAUCAACUCCGGGAUCUCAAGGUGCGAGUCAGUAUGCUGAUGUAGCAGCCGCCCAUCAACAAGUAGCAAAGUCGUUUGAUGAACUCGUAUGGAUGGCACAGGAAACAGAAGCUGAUCUGAAACAGUUGCAGCAAGCUCAGGAGUAUUUUGUCAUUCAAUAUCAAGAGAUGUGCAAGUUACAAGCGAUGGUCCAGAGAGCUCAAUCACACCCCGACGAGUCAGUACGGCAGCAACAUGAAAUGUAUGCCAAGAAGAAGACGGACAUGGAAGUUUACUUAUCAAAGGAGGCCGAAAAUCUGCUGGCAAAACGAAACCUUCUUGUUGAUAAGUUCCAGAAGAGUCUUCAACGUCUGGCGGCUGUUCAGCGUGUUAUACUUGAUGAGGAAUUGAUGAAGUGGCGUCAGGCGCAGCAGCUGGCCAAUAGUGGAGGACCACCACCCGGAGCAUUAGAUGUAUUGCAGUCUUGGUGUGAAGGGCUGGCAGAAUUGAUAUGGCGGAACAGACAGCAGAUCAGGCAAAUUGAGAUGUUGAAAGCUCAGUUGCCAAUACAAGGACACGGUGGAGUUCUACUGGAAGAGCUCACUCAGAACGUAUCAAGCUUGUUGUCGACACUUGUAACAAGCACGUUUAUUAUUGAGAAACAACCACCGCAGGUGUUGAAGACGCAAACAAAGUUUGUGGCAUCCGUGAGGUUAUUAGUUGGUGGCAAACUGAAUGUGCACAUGAACCCUCCUGAAGUCAUUGCAAGCAUUGUCAAUGAAAAACAGGCUCGUGCGUUACUCAGCAGUGAAGUCGAUCCGACACACGACGCUCUGCAGACAAGUGGUGAUAUCAUCAACAACAGACGAGUGAUGGAAUAUCAUCAGGCAUCCGGCAGUCUUAGUGUUACCUUUCGAAAUAUGCAACUUAAAAAGAUUAAAAGACCCGACAAAAAGGGAGCAGAGACGGCUGUUACGGAAGAGAAAUUUACGAUACUAUUCACAUCUCGGUUUAGCAUAGGCACUGGAGAAUUAUUGUUUGCAGUGAGGAGUGUAUCACUGCCCGUAGUGGUCGUAGUUCAUGGCAAUCAAGUGCAGAAUGCCGAAGCCACCAUCCUGUGGGAUAACUUCUUUUCAGAGCCGGGUAGGGUACCUUUCUUUGUGCCUGAUCACGUGACUUGGAAGCAUGUGGCAUCUGCUCUGAACGCUCGGUUUGUUAUGAGCAACGUCCGCGAAUUGACUGAUGAUAAUCUUGAAUAUCUGAGCCAUAAAUGUCUUCAUUCAUCUCCUCCGGGUGACGAUCAGGCAACAAGGAUUGUUACGUGGCAAUCAUUCAACAAGGAUCCGCUACCUGGUCGGAAUUUUACAUUUUGGGAAUGGUUUUUUGGAAUACUGGAUCUUGUACGACGACAUUUGCUUGGACCUUGGCAGGAUGGAUUGAUCAUGGGCUUUGUAACGAAACAGCAAGCUCAGGAGCUGCUGCAAACUCGACCGCCGGGCACAUUUCUAUUGAGAUUCAGUGAUUCUGAGGUCGGAGGAGUGACCGUGGCAUGGGUAGCUGAGAACGAUCAAGGUGAGCUACAGGUGUGGAACUUGCAACCUUGGUGGGCAAAGGAUUUCUCCAUCAGAGCUCUUGCUGAUAGAAUUCAUGAUCUUCCUCAGCUUCGUUAUCUAUAUCCAGACAUACCAAAGGAUAAGGCAUUUGGUCAAUACUAUAGUCCGAUUCAUGACGGAAAUCCUCAGAAGUCUUCUGGCGAUUAUGUACAAUCUACUAUUGCUGCAGUCAUACCUGCUAGUGUGGCAUCUGCAAGCGAAGGACAUGGAGGCUCUUCAACCAACUUGGAACCGAUGAAGACGGAGGGUGGCCCAAUGCGUCACAGUGCCGAGAUGACGAGUGUAUUCUUCAGUGACCCGGCUCUGAGUCCACAGGGCAGCAGUGUUCACAGUCCUGAGAAUGCCAGCAAUAUGGCAACAGACAUGGAGGCGCCGGUUGACCUAUCGCAAUUGGGAUUAUCGAGCGUUUCCAACGACAUGGACAUGAAUGAGUUUCUGGCCACUCUUCAGAAGAACUAAGCGGUCGGAGUAAUAAAUAGUUUCUAUUGUACCAGCUGGGUAAACGAAAUCUGGGCGACACCGAGGGUUGUUUUUCAGGAAAUUUGGUCAUUUUGGCGUGACAAUUAUAAUGAAGGUUUAUUAUACAUCUGUUUUUCAUCUUGCUUGACUUAGUAAACUUAUCAUCCAGGGUUUCAUAUAGUUGGGUUUUGUGAUUACAAGACUGGCUGCUGAUGGUUGCCUCAAGGACGAUA